UACACACGCUGCAACCAUACCUUUACCCUACCAAUACCAAUACCAUACCACUGUUGUAUAUUGUAGUUGUACACACACAUACACCACCUUCCAACCAAAUCCCAAUUAACAAAACUAAUCUGCAAUCAAUUAAAAUUAAUUAAGGGUUUUCUUCUGGAAUAUACUCCCUCCUCAUUCCCCUCUCUACUCUCCAUUAUCCACAUCUUACAACUUGAAACUCUUCCGCCAUACCUCACCUCAGAUCUACGUCGUCGUCGUCGAUCUUCUGUUCAGAAUAAUAAUUUUAGAUCCCUGAUGCAACAGAACAAGGAAUCUUCUUAGAUUCUUUUUCUGGAAGAGAGAGAAAACAGAAGAAGAAACUCUUCUUCUUUAGACCCGUCUUAUAUAUUUAUAUACAGUCUCUGAUUGAUCGGUUUUUUCGGAACCUCUAUUUUCACUCUAAUCCACGCGCGCUCUUCGGGCAUGGAUUUGGACGAUUUCCGAUCCAUAUUGGACACAGCGGGCGUCGACGUGUGGAUGUUCAUCGACGCCGCAAUCGCCGUUGCCUCCUCGGAUUCCGCCGGAGAUCUGAAGCGCCGCCGCGAUGGCAUCGUCGAGCGCCUCUACGCCGCCACGGCGGCUCCUCCGUGGUGCCGGAAUUGCGACGAGGGCGGCCACCGCCUCAACGGCCACAGAAUCAAGAAACAGAGUCGCCAUAGUCCCAGCCCCGAACGGCAACCGCACCGCUCCACCGCCACAGCUUCCCCGGCAACGCCGCAGUCUCUCGACAACGGCGAAGACGAAGACAACGACGAGGAUUUAGAUCCUUAUGGUGGCUUGUUGGACGACGAACAGAAGAAGAUUCUGGAGAUUAAAGAACAACUGGAGGAGCCUGAUCAGUCUGAAGAUUCUUUGGUGGAGCUGCUGCAAAGCCUCGCGGACAUGGAUAUAACAUUCCAAGGGUUAAAGGAGACUGACAUCGGGAGGCACGUGAAUCGGUUACGGAAGCAUCCUUCAAACGACCUUCGGCGAUUGGUGAAGUUGCUUGUCAGGAAGUGGAAGGAAAUUGUGGAUGAGUGGGUGAAGUUGAAUCCACGGGGAGGAAGCAACACUCUGAUGGCUGAUGGAGACUCGUCGCCUGUGCAGAAAACCACUCAAAAUGGGCAUCAUCAGCAGGUUGAGAUUCCUGAUUUUGCAUACUCGCCCAAUCCACACAAUGGGAGCUCAGGGUCUGACCGUAACAACUCAGAAGCAGAACGCAAACCCAAAGUAGUUCCCCGCAGUGAACCUAGGCCAAAACACGCGCCAUCACCGUCAGUUUCAACCCCUGCUUCCGCUACUCAAAACAGACAGAGGGAGAGCAGUUUUGACGCGGAGAGGCUUGCUUCGGCGAGAAGGAGGCUUCAAGAGAACUACAAAGAGGCUGAAAUUGCCAAAAGGCAAAGAACGAUUCAGGUGAUGGACAUCCAUGACUUACCAAAGGCAAAACCCAAGAAUAAUGCCUUCUUUGGGAAGAACAAAGGUGGUGGUGGUGGUGGUUCUCAGGGAAGGCACUGGUGAUGGUGAUGAUGAUGAUGCAUGUUUUUCCAUUGUUGGUGCCAUUCUGCGUGUAAAAAAGCCUUGUGGGAGGGGUUCGGAUAAGUCAGUCCCAAACCCUGCUUCAUCAUCCCUGUCGAAUUUUCCUCCAUAAACCUUCUUUUUUUCCUUGUGGUUUUUAUUUAAAUUAAUAAUAACCGAAGAAAAGAACUCAAUAUAAUUUUUCUUUUCUUCUUGAAAGGGUACCUAUCGAAACCGCGUUUGUCGGUUUGUUGAGGAGCACGUGAUUUCAGGAAACAGGGUAGAGGGGAUGGGAUGGAAGGGGUAGGGCUAAAAAAGGUUUUUCCUUAUAUAAAACAUCUUUUUUUUUAGGGUGAAGUUUGAAUUCUGGUAUAUUAGGUUUAAUGGAUGCAUUACUCCAUUAAUUGCAUUUUAGCUUUUUGCUUAAAGAAAAGCAACAAACGGAAGUCAAGAAGUGAUCACAACUUCAUGAUUUUGCUCCGGUUGUGUGGGUGGGGAUUAAUGACUGGGGCCUUUGGUAAGCUUAGGAAGUUGACACGUUCACAAAACUUGUCCUUGCUUAAUGAGCUCGAAUCCUUUGCCGUAAAAAAAAGAAAGUGUUUUAUUUGGUGCAGCAAGCCAUUUACCUCCCCUUUGUCUAAUAAUUGAAACACAACAAAUGGACAAAAGUCUUAAGUUUUACGGGGGUACUUGUGUCAAAAGAAAACUCUUGUAAUUGCCAAAUUGUUUGUCAGGCACUAGUUAGUAAUACAAGUUAGUUACGUAACAGUUCCUUAUAACACUAAAUCAGCUACAUACCUUGUAGUUUUAUUUUAUACUUUUAA